GCUGCAUUUGUGGCAGAGUGAUUAGGUAUUGACAUUGUGAUUCUGUAAACAAUACCUUAAGUGCUGCUGGCUACGAUAAAUUGAAGCAGUAGAAAACAAAUAGCAAGCUUGAUUACACUUUCAACAUAGGCAUUGGGGAUGUUUCUGCUUCCUUAUUAAAAGACAUGAAGUCUGUUGAUGCUGUAAUUGUUGAUAGAAAAUCUGGUUUUACUCGUCAAAUUGAAGCAGCAGAAAACAAAUAGCCAGCUUGAUUACACUUUCCACAUAGCAUUGGGUAUGCUUCUGCUUCCUUCUUAAAAAACAUGAAGUUUGUUGAUGCUGUAAUUGUUGAAAGGAAAUCUGGUUUUGCUCCAAAUCUUGAUUUUAUCAUUAGAUAGAACAGUCUUGUCAGGGCUAGCUGUGUAUGCACAGGUGUCCUGGAAUGAGUUUGUAUCACAACCUUUUGGAUUUCUUCGCAGAUGAAACCGUGGAGACCCAUUACUAUGUCCAAUCAUUUAAUUUGUCAGGCAUAUGACUGAAGGCCUAUUUGGAUCUAAGUGCUAAUGGGUGAAAGUGCUAAAGUUUAGCACCUUUACGCAUUAGCACGUCCAAACAGGAGUGCUAAUAGGGAGGGCUAAACUUUAGCCCACCUCCAAAAAGAUGCAAAAGCAUUAGCUGGUGGGGAGGUGCUAAUAGGUGCUAAUGGGCACUGGAACUCGCGAAAAGAUCGAAAUACCCUUGCCAACCUUAUCCUAUCCUCGAACGUCGCCCUCCCCCACGCGAGAUGCCACCGUCACCACGUGCUCCUCCCUGCCGCUAGCUGCACCACAGCGCCCUCCCUCCUUCCCUCACCACACGUAGCCGUGGAUUCCUCCUCCGCGGCCGCCUCGUGCUCCUCCCGCCGCUGUCCCAUGCUCCUCCCUGCCACUGCCGCCGUGUGCUCCACCCCGCCACCGCCAUCACCGCUAGUUCCUCCCGGCCGCUACUCGCGCCGCGGCGCCCUCCCUCCUCCCCUCGCCCAACCCAAUUCUCUGUCGCUGGAGAUGGAACCACAUGGGCUGCAGGACGGCGAGGGCUUUGUGGACUUCUUCUCCCAGGGGGAUUCCACGGCGCUGUCCUCCAAUCUCGGCGGCGGCUUCUCCCAGCCCGAGGCCUCCCUGGUGGGGCGCAGUGUGCCUUCUUGGCGAGAGGACAUCCAAGGCUUCGACCUCAACUCCUAUGGGCUUGAAUUCCCCAACAUGCAGUCGUAUCAAGACAUUCUUCAAUCGUCAAGGGUUGGUGAUGAAGUCGUUGGUGGGAAGCAAGGCACCGGCGUUCGUCGUACCAACAAAUCAGGCAAUGGAAGAUCCUCUCAGCGCUUUGGUGGAGAUGCAGGAGGCAACGGCCGUGGUGUCGUUCCGCGCACUUGGGGAGAUGUGGCUGCAAAGGCCGCUGCGCCGUUCCGCGCUCCUCGCAUGGCCCGAGAGCGUGGACGUGGACGUGGAGGUUCCGUGUCCGCCGGCACCUCAACAAGGCACGCUGCACAACCAAGAGGUCUUCCUCCUCGAGCCACUACCAGCCUAUCUUUCCCCGCCGGUGGUACUGGAGGUCUUCCUAACCAAUCUGCUGCUGAAGAACAGGAUGAGCAACUUGGGAUCAACCCUCCAGUGACAGAACAAUCCAUUUACUCAAAGUCAGAAUGUUUUGGCUAUAUGCGACUUUAACAUGAGGUUUACCUUUGUAGUCGGGGGAUGGCCAGGAUUAGUGCACGACAUGAGAGUGUUUACUAAUGCAAUUCGCAAGUAUGGCGACAAGUUUCCAUAUCCACCUCCAGGAUAUCUUGCACCGUACAAAGGUACAAAGUAUCAUGUACCAAAAUUUCUACAAGGUCCAGCACCUAAAGGUAAAAAAGAGUUAUUCAACUUUGCACAUUCAUCACUUCGAAAUGUCAUCAAGAGAUCAUUUGGAGUACAGAAUUUUGUUAGCGAAGCAAAGCAAAAUAAUACUUGCCUGUAUGGCACUUCACAACUUUAUUUAGAGAGAGUGCAAUGGCAGAUGCGGAUUUUGAAAUGUGCGAUCGUGAUGAACACUUCAUUCCACUCUCUGGUGCAUCUUCAUCUCAUCAAAGUGGUUCAAACACCCAUUUAGGAGACCAAGAUAUGAAUGCAUUUCGUGAUGCUAUCGCUAACGGUUUGUUUGUAGGCGAGAGUAAUUGAAAUAAGUUAUUUGUGCAAGUUUGUAUGGACAUUAUACUAUUGUAAUUUUUAUUCGUGCACUUGACUGUAUGAAUCUGCACUAUUGUAAUUUAUGUUGAAGGUUGGCAUUCUGAAAUUGUAUAGCAGCUUGGCAAGCAGAGGAGUUUAGCAAGUAGAGAGUACGUGGGUGGUCAGGGAGGGGACCAGGGCGCAUGGGAGGGGACCAGGGAGGCAAAAGGAGGGGUAGAGAAGACUUUCCUCCAUGUGCUACCUUUCCAUUAGCACUGGAUCCAAACACGGGGGUUAAAUUUUAGUACCUGCUUGCUAAACUUUAGCAAUUCUCAUACAAACAGGGUCUGAUUUUCUGAAGACAGUCACAUGAUGCAAUAGUAUGUUAGUCAUUUUGCUGUAAUAUGAGCUUUUAAGG